GGGAGCGGAAGGCAGCGAGUCGUUUUCUGCGCGGCUGCUGGUUGUGCGUUGGUGAGCUGAGUCGCUGCGAUGUCCGGCCGCGGGAAGCAGGGCGGGAAGGCGCGGGCCAAGGCCAAGUCGCGCUCGUCGCGGGCCGGGCUGCAGUUCCCGGUGGGCCGCGUCCACCGGCUGCUCCGCAAAGGCAACUACGCGGAGCGGGUGGGCGCCGGCGCCCCGGUGUACCUGGCGGCCGUGCUGGAGUACCUGACGGCCGAGAUCCUGGAGCUGGCGGGCAACGCGGCCCGCGACAACAAGAAGACGCGCAUCAUCCCCCGCCACCUGCAGCUGGCCAUCCGCAACGACGAGGAGCUCAACAAGCUGCUGGGCAAGGUGACCAUCGCGCAGGGCGGGGUGCUGCCCAACAUCCAGGCCGUGCUGCUGCCCAAGAAGACCGACAGCCACAAGGCUAAAGCCAAGUGAGCGCCGAAGAACAGCCCCCGGGAAGCUUUUUUCCCGGAGAAACACAAAGGCUCUUUUCAGAGCCACCCACUGGAUCAGUAAAGAGCUAAAUUGCUUUCAUUUUUUUCCAUGCUAAAAAAAAAUAAUCAAAAAUCACCUGCAUGUA